AUGGUGCCGGUUAUUUCCCUUUAUUAUGUGGCCUUGGCUAUAUUUGCCGUGCUAUUUGCCAAUUUUAACCCUUAUCUCACUCUUCCUGAAGCUGCAAACAAAGUGUCUGGCUAUAUUGAGUCAUCCACCUAUUCGUUGCAACAUAACUAUGCUAAGAAGCAUGGAAUCGACCACGGUUGGGCCGAUGCUCCAUAUGUUAGAGAGGCAAGACUCUACUGUCGCAAAUUCACUCAGUCUGAGUGCGUGAAGGCAGUUAUCGGUCACGUGAACUGCAUUUGGCUCAGGUUGACUACUUAUUUAGUCGCCCAGUAUGAUAAGUUGCUUUCCCCUUACGUCUCCAGCGGUUUGAAGGUUAUUAAACCUUAUGCGGAGUUGGCUGCGCAGAAAAUGACGCCUGUCAUCGAACUAUUAAAGCCUUACUACGUUUCAUUCAAGGAGACUGUAAAGUCAUGUAAUCCUCCUAUUAUCAAGGUCUGGAAUCAGUUCGGUGGUAUAAUUAGACCUUUCUUGGAAGAAUUACAUGGAAACGUUGUUGUCAUGCGUGGAUGGAUCGUUUUACAGUAUCAAAAAUACUUGGAAGGAUACGUAAAUUUGUUCUCUGAGUACUAUCAGAAGCAUUUCGGCUUUGUCAACACAUGGUGCGAUGAAAAUGUGGUGCCAUGGAUAAAACAGAACGGCCAAUUGCUCACUGGAAUAGGAAUGGUACUUGCUUUAGCUAGUGUGUUCCCAUUGGUGAUAAGAUUGCUUAGGGCAAUAACUCAGGACGCUUAUAGUAUGGGAAAUGGAGUGAAUACAAUGUAUUCCGAAUCACGAGAAGAAGAAGAACAGGAAAGAACAACAGAUAGCCGGGAAACAACGCCUAGUGCGAGUCAUCGCACACAGAGAUCGUUCAAGUACUCCCAGAAAGUCUCGCAGACGGACGAAGAGGAAAAGUUCCAGACACAAUUGAUCACAGAAGAGCAGGGAAGUUACGAGGUGACUAGUGAUAUUCUUUCGUCAAACGAUCCUAUGUCUGUGAGAAGUCUAGCGCGGAGUUUAGGACCCGCAUUAUCGCCAGAUACGGAGUUAACAGAGUCUAAGUGGACUUCUGUGAAUUCUAACCACAGAUCUACAUCUGCAGCAGCCUUAGCAGCGGCUGCAGCUGCUACGAGGAGGUAG